AGGUGUGUGUGUGUGUGGCUUAAAGAAUGUUAAACAGUUUGUCCAGUUUUGCUAGAAGACGGAACAUAUUCAAUGUGAGUGCUGCCGGCUGUGUGCUCUUCCACUAGAGCUCCGCGCCACUCGGUGGCAAUGAAAUCGCGGAAGCUGCCGAAGGGCUUCGUGCUUUGUGGCCUCAACUGUUUGACCUUCGUCUACUUUCCGCUCGUCCUGCCCAUCCUGCGAUGCUCGGCCGGAGCGGCAACGGGCGGCUCGGGUGCGUCCGGCGGUGGCUCAAAGACCGCCGACGACUUCGACUACCGGAUGCAGCGAGUGCGAAAUGUGCUCAAGGAAGUGCCGCUGAUCGACGGACACAACGAUUUGCCGUGGAAUAUACGCAAGUUCCUGAAGAACCAGCUGAAAGACUUUCACUUUGGCGGGGAUCUGCGGGAGCUGGCUCCCUGGUCCUCGAGUGCCUGGAGCCACACGGAUCUGCGUCGUUUGAAGGAGGGCAUGGUGUCCGCCCAGUUCUGGUCGGCCUAUGCCCCCUGCUCGUCCCAGCAUCUGGACGCUGUACAGCUGACGCUGGAGCAGAUCGAUCUGAUCCGGCGACUAGUUCAGCUGUAUCCGCAUCACAUGGCCCUGAUUACCACCGCCUCGGGCAUCGAGCAGACUCACCGGACGGGCAAGAUCGCCAGCCUGAUUGGGGUGGAGGGCGGUCAUGCCAUCGGCACCAGUCUGAGUGUCCUGAGGAUGUUCUAUCAGCUGGGCGCCAGAUACUUGACUCUCACACACACCUGCAAUACACCUUGGGCGGACUGCUGCAAAGUUGACGAACCGGGGAAGUACCCGCACAUAGGCGGGCUCUCGCAGUUCGGCAAGCUGGUGGUCAAGGAGAUGAACCGGCUGGGCAUGAUUGUUGAUCUGUCGCACGUGUCGGUGCCCACGAUGCUGGACGCUUUGGCGGCGUCGCGGGCGCCGCUCAUCUUCUCGCACUCCUCGGCGCACGCCAUCUGCAACAGCUCCAGGAACGUUCCCGAUCAUGUCCUGCAGCGCAUUGCAAUAAACGGCGGUCUGGUUAUGGUGGCCUUUUAUCCGCAUUUCGUCAGCUGCUCGGGACAGGCGACACUGCACGAUGUUGUGGCGCAUAUCAACCACAUAAGGGAGGUGGCCGGCAUCGAUCAUGUGGGCAUCGGAGCUGGCUACGACGGAGUCAACUUAGUGCCCAAAGGACUGGAGGAUGUGUCCAAAUAUCCGCAUCUUUUUGCUGCCCUGCUCGAGUCUGAUAAAUGGUCAGAGGAGGAUAUUGCCAAGUUGGCUGGCAAGAAUCUAAUACGUGUAUUCAAGGAAGUCGAAGCGGUGCGCGAUCAGAUGGAACUUCUGCGAGUGGCACCCAUUGAUCAGUCAAUUCCAGCCGAAGACAUUAUGGGCAGAUCCUAUUGUCGUUAUCAAGGACCAAGAACGUGAUAAUUUCUCCAUUUGUAAAGUUCAUUCCCAACCCAUCUCGCAUCCAUAUGCACAUAUAUCCAUAUACUGUUUCACCCGUGGCAUCUCCCGUGGCGAAAAUGCGAAAAAAUUAUGUCAAGCGUACGUGUUGUAAAGUGAAACUUGUUUUAGGUUAAUUGACAAAGUUUUUCCUCCUCUCUGCUGCUCUGGUUGUUGUUAUUUGUGUAUUGUUGCUGUUGCUGUGUAUUGUUUGCCAGUGCGUAUGUGUGUGUGUGUUGCAAACACACAUACACAGAGACACACAUAUAUUGGCACAGGGAAAAAAAUGCCGACUUUUUUUCAAUCGCUAAAAGUCGAGCAGCUGGCCAGCUGUUGUUGCACCGCAAAAAUUUAUUCAAGAAAAUAUUAAUAAUAAAGAUCAAAUUUAACUCUAUAAGAGUAUGAAUAAUA